AUGGUGGAGGGCAGUUGUUUGGAGACGCUGCUCGCCGACGAAGUGCAGGAGCCAGAUCACAAGAAACUGAAGAUCAACGAACCGAAGACUGAAUAUUCCCCAGUUCCGGAAGAGGGGUAUGUCGAGUUGAACACCCCCAUGGGGAGCGAGGUGACUUUCGUGGUGCACAAGGCGACGCUGCAAAGGAUUCCUUUGCCGCAGGCUGGGCCGUGGCAGCUUGUCUUUUCGAAGGACGGCUCCGGUGCCGCAGUCAACGACGGGGGCGACUGGAUUUUGACGUUGCAGAAUGAAUUUGGUCGCACGCUCGUGACCGAUGGGGACGGCCAGUUCUACGUCGAAGAGAGGGGCAAGGCUCACCCGUGGCAUUUGGACACCAAGAGAUCGCUGUGCGAGGCGAUGACCAUCAGUUUGGCAGUUGGCGAUGUUGAUACGCGUCAGAAGCACCAGGUCUAUCGGCUGGAAUGGACCCGGGGUGGCAUGCAUUUCUUCUGGGAUGCCCUGACGCUCCACACAAGCAUGAAGCUGAACACCAACGAGAAGAAACGUACUGUCUGGUUGUACAGGCAGAAAAAUGGCUGGAGGAAAGCGUUCAAGCAGGCGACGGGGACGACCGUGCAUUACACUGCAGGGUCUUCUAAAGCAAACAAGGAGGAAGAUGACCGCGCAGAGGACACAAUACGACUUCCAUCGGGCAGUUUGUCUACGUAUGGUUUGUUGCACGUUUUCCUUACGAGCGCUACCUCCCAGGCGCACCAGGCUGGUGGUCUCAAGAUGGGGUCAGCCAAGCAGGCCGCGGGAUCCCUGUUCAGAUCGCUGGUCAAAGCAAGCGUGUACCAGCGCAAGGUGCUGACCAUCCAGGUCGCUGGCGACUUCACCGUCGAGGUCACGCAGGGCCGCAUGUCGAUCAAGCAGGAGCUCUGGACGCGCCUUGACGUUGCUUGCGGCCGCGGCAACGACGAGAUCGACUUCGUAGACUUCGUCGUUGUCCUGAGCGGCAUGCAGCAACUGGACUGCGUGCUCAACCAAGUGGUCUGGGCAUGCGCCCGGCAGAUCGAGAUGUACGCGCAGGGCGCUCUGAAGAAAGGCACUGACAAGGAGGCCCCCCUGCAGGUCGAAGUUGCGCCGCUCAUCGACAUUGCGUGGUGCCGGGAGAGGUUGGACCAGGAGCUCCAGAAGCACCUGCAUGCGUGCAAGUGCGCGUCUGCUUCCCUUCGCAAUUUCACCGUGGCGACUGAUAAGGCAAACGUUGGUGGGCCCAGCUUGCAGAACUCCGUCGUCGUGCUGCCCGAUGGGCAGGCGCUCGUCUUGCCGCCUCAGGUGUGCUCUCCGUUCUCUGCGCCAAGGGCAUAUUCUGCAUCAGAGCGGCAGGAUAUCGUCAACGACGGGAACCGUCGCCACAAGGAGUGGUCCCAGCGGAAGGCCCCAGGCAAAAAGGGCAUCAAGCACGUUUUCCGACCGAAGAAGAGGCACCGCACCAGCGUGUUGACAGCCCUGAAGAACAUGGAUCGCCAGCUGAGGGUGGGCACGAAAUUCGACGGGCUCCGCUUCGUCGUCCGAGUCUCCGACGAAGAGACGUGGAGCGAUGCCAAUUGGCGCAACUGGCCUGGGCUUUUAGUUUCGUCGGACCAGGGUGGGGACAUGCUAUCGGCGGGGGACUGCAUGCUCCGCUACCUUCGAGACUUGACUCUGACGUACCAGGCCCACGGCGUAUGGAAGUACGCCUUGAUAUUCCUCGUGUGCAUCAACGUCUACUCCGGCCCCGACCAGGACGAGGGCAUGCGCUUCGAGCAGCUCACCGAUGCCAUGGAUCACUUCUUCGAGCACUACAAGGCGGACUCCUUCUUGUUCCAGUCUCGCGCCGACGCCAUGCUCCGCGAGUUAGGCGACGCCGUCCAGGUCGAGGAGGGCGAGAAGAACAUCUACGAGGCGCUGUGGCGAUACCUGCGCGACGGCGCCCAGAAUUACAAGAAGCAGGACCGCAUGAAGAUGGCCCAGUGGAUGGAGUGGAGGAAUCGCGCCCACGAGCUAUACCAGCGAUGGGAACAAGAGAGGUUCAAGCGAGAGUACGUCGCCCUCGAGUGCGGCAUGCUGGACAAGAAGGCCGCGGCGGCCGUGGACAAGAUGCCGGCAGGCGUCAAGUCGCACGCUGCGGCGCUGACCACCACCAGCUCCGCCGCCACCCAGGCGGACACCAAGCUGCUCCGCGCCAGCACGGCGAAUAACUUGGCGAUGUCGGCGUGCUUCAUGGAGACGGAGAGGAGCAAGAGGAUCAUCGCCAUCAUGGCGUUGUUGCCCGAGCCCUUGGCGACCUGGCAGGGGCAGAGCGCGAAAGUCUGCAGGGACGUGACUGCCAACAGGAAGUGGGUCUUGGAUGAGAUGUCGCAUGGAUUUGCCAAGCAUCAGCUCGCCAUCCUCAAUUGCUUAGUGAAGACAGGCAUGGCUAAGAAUUUGGGUUUCAUGCGCCUCGCCGAGCUCCGCGCGCUGGAGAACGAGGACGAAGGCCCCAUCGAGAUCGAGGAUGAGUUCGCGCAGCUGGCGGGCGACAUCUGCGCAGGUUUGGUUGCUAGGCGCCGUCGCCGUCUCACUUUCAUGACGAACAUGUGGCCGAACCGCGCUGUUAUGGCCAUGGCGGGGGGCCCGGAGUCGGCCCGGAUUGCGCAGCAGCUGGAGUUGGACUACAAGGUUUUCGGGGAGGUCGCUGACGCGCCCGACAAGGGCGACAAGCUGAAGGAGCAGGAGAUCAACAACAUCCAGAAAAACAAUGGCCAAUGCCGCGGUUCCAUGAAGUUCCGGAGGCCUGAGAGGGGCUUGGCAGCUACUCUGUCGUCCACUGUGCUCACCGAGCGGAACAAGUACACGCCCGUAGUGCCGAAUGUUCCCGUGCCCAGGUCGACGCCCACGUUGGUUGAGCAGAACGCGUUCGGCAAGACCAGGGAGGAGUCGUGGCUCGACAAGCUCGCCAUUGCCAGCACGAAGCAGGCGCCUCCAUAUUGGAGCCCGACUGCUGAGAACGUGGGGCAACCAGGGACAGAUGCAGCGUGCUGGCGAGAUGCUCGUGAUCACAAGCGCAUUGGGGACUUGGAGAACUGCUUCAUGGGUUGCUUCUGCGAUUACAGGCACGCCAUCAUUUUCAAGAGAGCUGGCGGAACUAGGCACAAGGGUUUCGAUUGGCAUUUCCCCUUGUUUCACUUCCAGGACUCUGGCGUCGCGGCGAUGCCUUGCAGUCUGUUGCCAGUGCCAGGGCACCCCUCGAAGAAUUACGUCGUCUUCCCCGAGGCGGCGGAUGAACCAGAGUUCCUCAGCGUCUUCGACUGGGAGGGCCUCGUGGCCAUGCCCGUUCGUUGGCGCAGCCCUGCGUACCAGGACAAGCAUUUGCCGAAGGCGAAGUGGGAAGCCGGCGUUCGGCUGUUCGCUGAUGGGAAGGCCGAGCCCAUGCAGUUUGUCGCAACCAGGGCUGCUUUCUGGGAUCUCCCCUGCGGCACCCUCAGGAAGAUCGCUGGCAAUAUCGGGUUGGCUCCUCCGGACAACCCCAGCUUGUAUGAGGUUGUACUGUACAUGGUCCAGGAGAUCUUGAAACUCAGCGAGGCCGAUGCUGCCGACGUCGUCGCUCAACGCCUUCGCUACGACAGCAAGGGCGCCGUGGACGAGACCGAAUCCAUCAUCAUGAAUUGCGACGAGGCUGCGCAGUGCUUGGCGCAGCCAGACGAGCGGCUUGUCCGCAACGAGCAGAAGGAGAUCCAGAAGAGGGUGGAUGAGAGAUCAGCCUUCGAGGUCGAUUUCCAGGAGGCUGCGCAGCGGCGCCGGGCUGCGUCGAAGGACGGGGGCAAGCCGGCGAACAAGGCCCCGAAGGGCGUGCCGAAACUGGACAAGGGCAAGUUGGCCAUGGCAGAGCAGCGCCAGGCCAAGGUCUACAUGCCUCCAGGCGGGUACCUGUGGAAGUCCAGGGCGACGUCGUCAUGGAACGGCAGAGUGCCUCCGUUCGGUGCCCAUUGCCGCACCGUCGGCAAGCCGAACGCCCUCUUCUGGGUGAUAUGCAGGUGUUGGGAAGAUUACUGCCGCAUGAAAGGCUGCGCCAUUGCGGACGUCGGUCUGCAGGGCUACGAGGCAUCUGUAGUAAAGGCUCUUGAUCUGUCUUAG